GUCAGAUCCGUGUCUCCGUUGUGUAUCCGUUGUUGCGGUUGCUAGUGGUGUUAAAAAUCAUUUGUACAUACAUUUUUGUAUAGGAACAAUUUUAUCUCUUAAUAUGGUUUUUCAGCUUAAUCAUAUAAUUAUGUGACGAGGAACUCGACUAGUUUCAGCCUUGCUAGAGUUACCGCGACCCGCGACACGGCGACUGUCGUGCUGCUACUCAGAAUGGACGAGGAUGGCUUCGUGGUCAUCAAAGACUUCCUAACUCCAUCAGAAUGCGACGAGAUGGUGGCAGCCGGAAUAGAUUUCACUAAGAACUUACCGCCUAAAGAACAAAGGAUCGUGUUCACUUCUGUUGACGCUGAAAAGAGGCAACUACAAGAUGACUACUUUCUGAAUAGCAACGACAGCAUCCACUGUUUUUUUGAGGACGCUGCAGUCGGGCGCGAUGGAGAACUGACUGUAGACCCUAGCAUAUCACUGAACAAAGUCGGUCACGCAUUGCACUACCAGCACCCGACCUUCAGACGCUACACGUAUUGUGACCGCGUAAAGGAAGUUGCCAAAGCUCUGGGUUUCAAGGAACCGGCGGUGGUGCAGUCCAUGUAUAUGUACAAGAACCCUGGUAUUGGAGGCGAAGUAAUUCCCCAUCAAGACAUCACCUACCUGCACACUGCUCCUGUAUCGCCAAUGGGUUUCUGGAUAGCCCUAGAAGACGCCACAGUAGAAAAUGGAUGUCUCUGGAUGGUCCCGGGUUCUCACAAGUCGGGGGUCCAUAGACGACUAGCAAGGAAUCCAGACAAAGACAGUAAAGAGAAACUGAUAUACGAUACUCCAGCUACUGAGUAUCCUGAAUCUGGUUUUGUUCCAGUUCCAGUCUGCAAAGGUGCCUGCAUACUUCUCCACGGGAACGUAGUACACAGGAGUGCGCACAACCACUCCAGCAGCGGGCGGCCCGCGUACACGUUCCACAUCAUAGAGAAGCAAGACAAUCAGUACGCCGCGGACAACUGGCUGCAGGAGGGAGAGCGCGCGCCCUUCUGCAACCUCUACACCACCUCGUAGAUCAUAUAGGUGAAGCCAGUUUGCGCCUCAACCGAACCUGCAACCAAGUGCUACCCAAAAAUUAAAUAUACUUAUCUACAACUUAAAAUUAAGUAGCCUUUCGGUAUUCGGCCGUAAUGCUUAAUUGUUAGACUAAUCAAUUCAGCUCAUAUAUGAGCCCCUAGUGUAUCUUAAAACUAGUCGAGGUCCAUUGCCAAACGGUAACAUAAAAUUGAGACUAAUGCCUAAAAUUGAUACCAAUUCAACUUCUAUUGAAUUUCUGUCAAAAAUUCUGGAACAAUUCAGAUAUUUAGAAUUUUAGUAAGGUCGGUUAUAUAUUUCGGCCGAAAUAAUAAUUCAAAAUCGAAACUAUUAUUAUAAAUGUGAAAGUAACUCGUCUGUCUGUCUGUCUUUCUGUCUUUUGUUCACGCCUAAACUACUGAAUCGAUUUUUGUUAAAUUUGGUACGGACAUAGUUUAGAACUCGAGAAAGGAUAUAGGAUAGUUUUUAUCCCGGAAAUCCCGCGAGAGCGGAAACUCCUCAAAAACCCCGCAGUUUCGGGGUAAAACCAAAAAUCUGCCGGAAGUCACUAUUCCACGCGAACGAAGUCGCGGGCUAGUUAGUUUAUAAUACAAGGU